GUCCAGGUGUGUGAAGGCGACACGGUGGAGGUCUUGAUCAUCAACCAGCAGCAGUCUUUUGAUCCGCUGACCAUUCACUGGCACGGGGUAUUGCAGAAGGGGACGCCCUUCAUGGACGGGACGGCGCUGGUCUCACAGUGUCCCAUUUCACCGUAUUCUAAAUUUACUUACAGGUUC